AUGGCAGCGGUGGAUGUCAUGAGGAAUGAUACGCUUCAUGCUUUUCUCCAGGAUCGGACGCCCAACUCCUCGCCGGAAGCUGGCAAACAUCCACCUCUGGCUCUUCUGGCGGCCACCUGUAACCGCAUUGGCCAUUACCCAGCUUCCAGCUCCGUGGAACCCCAUCACCACCAUCAGAUCCAGUAUUCCUAUGACACCACGCUGAGUUCCCCGCCGCGACUCUUCAAUCCAUGGAACAGUAACGACGGUGUCAACCAGGGCCAUUUCAGCAAUAACUCCGGGACUUUAGGACUUUCUCCUAAAUCACCCCUUUCUUCACACAUCCAGUCAUCUUUUACGGCGCAGCAUGAACUUCCUCUCACCCCACCAGCAGAACCAGGAUACCCAUAUGAUUUUUCACCGGUCAAGAUGCUUCCUUGCACCAUGCAGUCGCUGCAGGCAAGUUGCACUCCAACCUACGUCCCAACGGUGUCAUACGCGGCUGGCAGCGCGCCUAUCGCCUCACCCAUGGCAACUUUUGUUCAAGGACAUGCGGGUCUGGUUCAUGGACAACAAUCACGACAUUUGUCGCAGGGCAGCAGCAGCAGCACGGACGAUGUUCCGUGGUGGAGUUUACAGCGUGGAACUUCCGUCGGGCACUCCUCGUCAAUCGGCGCGCAUCGAUUCCCCUUGCAGCGUGGUUUGGUUUUGGGACACACAGAGUUUGCGCACUACCAGACUCAGAUCGCAGCUCUGUUUCAUUCCAAAUCGUCGCUCAGUGGCGCCCGCAGAUGCCGCAGGUGCAGAUGCCCCAACUGUCAAAACUCGAACCCGUCCACGGAUGAGCCAGGGAAGAAAAAGCAACACAUUUGUCACAUCCCUGGCUGUGGGAAGGUUUACGGCAAGACGUCACAUCUCAAAGCGCACUUGCGCUGGCACUCGGGUGAGCGGCCGUUCGUGUGUAACUGGUUAUUCUGUGGGAAGAGUUUCACGCGCUCCGACGAGUUGCAGAGACACCUGCGCACGCACACGGGUGAGAAGCGCUUCGCCUGCCCGGACUGUUGCAAGCGCUUCAUGCGCAGCGACCACCUCGCCAAGCACGUGAAGACCCACCAGGGCAAGAAGGGCAGAAUGCCACAGCGGAUUUUCGGUCAAGUGAAAAGGGAGGACACAAGACAUUACUGAAGACAUUGAUGAAGUAUUGUCUAAGAAAGUCCAUGUGUUUACUUGUCGAUUUGCCAAAGCUAUUGUGGGGGUGCCACUAUAGAGUAUGUAAAUUGCCCAAAACAAACUGGCAAUGGGACCCUACUGUCUUGUGGAUCAAAGUGCACCAUGAUUUGACAUGAAGCUAAAGUCUGGCAUGUGGCACAUAUUCAGAACGUGUAAAUAAUAUUGAAAGCUUUUGUUGAACAAAAGUCCAGAAAUGAUUUAAGUUCUGCCUGAAUGGGAAAUGCAUGCUGAAGAGAAAUGUAAUUUAUGGAGUC